CAUCACGUUCUCAUGGUUUUGAACGGGUACGAUAAGCAUCCUCAGCAAUUACAAGGUAAUCGGCAGAGCAGACAACAUCUUCAGAGCAAUUUGUGGAUGUUUUAACUUUCUUGAGUGGGUUUAUUUGUAGAAGCAUAGCUUAUCGGCCGACUUUGUUUGGUAAGUGAAUGUUGCUCCUGUACAGGUGAACGAGCGGACUAUAGUUUGAAUGGGUAUUGAAGAAGGAAAAAUCUACGCCAAGAAAGCAAGUUUCCAAACAGUUUCCAAAAAGAAGCACGGGGUAUUUCAUGGACUAUUUCAGAGAAUGCCGGCAGUCUAAUCUUAAAAUUGAGAAAAUCAUUAAACCUACUAAGUGAUAAGCAGAAUUUCCACAAUAUUUCGACUUUGUAAAGGCUAGUGCUUUUGCACAAGAAGCUGCCCUGUUAUUGCAAUUUUGUUUUAAAUGUUUGGGAGUCAAGAUCACCCGACAAGAAACAUCCGAGGGUUGAAAGUUGGAACUUUUGAAGAAGAAAUGGAUCCUGUUCGUUCUUGGGUGCGGAAUGUCGGCGUUAUUGAUGCAAACAUAGCGGCACAGAGUGGAUUGGCUUUAUCCCGUGCUCACUUUGAAAAGCAGCCUCCCUCCAAUCUCAGAAAGUCCAACUUCUUCCAUUUUGUUCUGGCACUUUAUGACCGCAAUGGACAGCCUGUGGAAGUGGAGAGGACAGCAUUUGUUGACUUUGUGGAGCAGGAUAAGACGGGGGAAAAGACCAAUAAUGGAACUCACUACAAACUCCAGCUCCUCUAUAGUAAUGGUGUUCGCACAGAACAAGAUCUUUAUGCACGUCUCAUUGAUUCUGUCACUAAACAGCCUAUAUCAUACGAGGGACAGAACAAGAAUCCAGAAAUGUGCCGUGUUCUGCUUACUCAUGAGGUCAUGUGCAGUCGCUGCUGUGAGAAAAAAAGCUGCGGCAAUCGUAAUGAGACACCAUCUGACCCUGUCAUCAUUGACAGAUUUUUCUUGAAGUUUUUCCUAAAGUGCAAUCAAAAUUGUCUGAAGACAGCAGGGAACCCCCGAGACAUGAGGAGAUUUCAGGUGGUUUUGUCGACCACAGUCAGUGUGGAUGGUCCUGUACUAGCCAUUUCGGAUAAUAUGUUUGUGCACAACAACUCCAAACAUGGACGUCGCUCUCGUAGAAUGGAUCCAAAUGAGACAGUGGAGACUAGCAUGGAAUAUGGUGAGAUUGCAUUAAUCCGCAGUUGA